AUGACCAAGAAAGCUAAUCCUUCAAAAAUUACCACCAAAAAGGAUGCUGAGCUAUUACUUGAUAAGUUUGACAAUUUUUUGAUCGAUUGUGAUGGGGUGAUUUGGUUAGCAGAGACGCUUAUUCCAAAAGUGACUCAGUUUCUUCAAUUGUUAGAACAACAUGACAAACAAUUUGCAUUUGUCACUAACAACUCGUCAAAAUCACGCCAAGCUUAUAUCAAGAAAUUUGAAAGCUUGGGUAUACACGGCAUCAAGAAAGAACGUAUCUAUACCACAGGAUAUUCAGCAGUGUUGGAAUUGAAAAAAAUGGGCAUUCCUCUAGGUUCGAAAAUUUGGGUAUUGGGUGAUUCGGGAAUUGAAGAAGAGUUGGGUGAUGAAGGAUAUAUAGCUGUGGGAGGGUCCAACCCUUUACUAGACCAAUCAUGGAGUCCCAAAAACCCAUUGCUCAGGCUCGAUCCCGAAGUGAAAGCAGUCAUUGCUGGUUCAACUGUUGAGUUCAACUUUAUGCGGAUUGCAACUACUUUACAGUAUUUGAUGUACAAUAACAAGAGCAUACCUUAUGUUGGAACGAAUGGAGAUCGAAACUAUCCAGGACCAGAUGGUUUGAUUCUCCCUGCCGGUGGGAGUAUGGUAGAGUAUAUGGCAUACUGUUCUAGCCGAAGCUAUAUUGAUGUCGGUAAGCCAAGCAAGACUUUUGCCGAUAUCAUUUUUUAUGAUACUGGGUUUGACAAGUCUAAAUCAAUUAUGAUUGGUGACACAUUGUAUUCUGAUAUUAAGUUCGGCAAUGAUGCAAAUUUGGGUGAUGGUCAUGGCACUUUGCUCGUUUUAUCGGGUGUAACAACUGUUCCCGAGUUGAAAGAUUUGAUUGCCAGUACUAACCAACACGGUGAUGACCUGUUGGUUCCUCAAUUCUAUGUCGACUCUUUGACAAAAUUAUAUGAACUUUUACAGUAA